AAUGAACCACCACUAGUACCAUAUCGGUUUCCAAUAAUUGGGCAUACAUAUGAUUUUGUACAUGACUCUGAAAAUUUUCUCAAGGAAUGUAAGGAAAAGCACCCUGAAGUCCUAAGGCAUUCUGACGUUUUUGACUUUGUUGUAGCUGUAAAUAAG